AUUGCCCGCACCACCUUUGACCAGUUUCAUCCAUUCCAUCACAUCAUCACACCUCAUCACCAUCCAAACACUCUCCCCGUUUCUCCCUCACAAUCAUUUUCCCCCUCGGCAAUUUCUCAUUCUGUGUUCGUCUCACUGCUCUCAGAGAAAACAGAUCAGUAUCGCUCUUUCACAACUCUGUCCCUUCCUUACCCGGCCUCUCUCUUCGCCGAUCCCGUGCCUGAAUUUGUCUUUUCCGUGGAAACAUUCCCACUCUCCUUAAUUUCCAGCAACCCGCUCUUUCCACCCACCAGUUGCCUCGACGUUGCCGCUGAGAUGGCCAAAACCAUUUGACGAGACCAAUGUGAACCUCGAAAACACCAUAUUUUCUCUAUAUCGAAGCCGAUCGAAGUCAUUCCCCAGGAUUUCCUCCUCGCCUCGAGAAUCCUGUUGCCUACCAUGCGACGCAGCUUGUUGAUUUUCCUGCUCGUCGCCAUCCUCCUCCUCACCUUCAUCCUCAACUCUCUGUCGACGCUCUUAUCCCUCCUCGUCGAAGAUGCCUCUGCCGACGCCAUUCACCGGUCAGAGUUACCAGCUCCAAACUCCACCCUCAUCGACACUCGUCCACUGUUGAUCCCCAAAAUCAUACACCAAACAUACAAGAACGAAACCAUUCCAGAACGCUGGAGGGCGGCCCAGCAAUCAUGCAUCGACCUACACCCCGAUUACGAGUACAAGAUGUGGACGGACGCCACGUCGCUUGAUUUCAUUCAACAGGAAUAUCCCUGGUUCAUACCCACUUUUGUCGGCUACAAACACAACAUUCAACGCGCCGACGCCAUUCGCUACUUUGUCCUGGCUCAUUAUGGAGGUGUCUAUAUCGAUCUGGACGAUGGGUGUCUGCGGCGUCUCGAUCCUCUGUUGUCCUACCAUGCAUUCUUGCGCCGGACAAUCCCCACUGGCAUCAGCAACGACGCCAUGGGUGCUGUGCCUCAACAUCCAUUCUUCCUACGCGUCAUUGAAUCCCUCCAAGCCGCAGAUCGCUCCUGGGUCUUACCCUACAUCACCAUCAUGGCUUCCACAGGUCCCUUGUUCCUGUCCGUCAUGUGGAAGAAAUGGAUGGGAGAGCAUUCCCACAUGGAUCCCGGCACCUGGGUCGGUCGCGUCCGCGUCCUCAUGCCAUCUGAAUAUAACAACUAUCCCUGGAGCUUCUUCCAAAAAUUCAAGGGCGACUCAUGGCACGGCAAGGACGCGAAACUGAUUUUCUGGAUGGGCAAGAACUGGUUCCUUCUGGUCCUUGUCGGAACCGUGAUUGUCCUGACCGUGGGAUUCUUGUGUUACUGUGUUUACUCCAGGCUGGUUGCGGUGGCCGCCCGUCGGAGAAAUGGUGGUGUUUCUUUGGCACCUAGCCCUAGAAUCAACGCUCUCAAGGGUUCGGUUGCCAGUCGCAUCCCGCUGUGGGGGUUGUGGUCUGGAAAUAAGGGUUCAAGCUAUGAAUUGAUUGAACAGCAUGAUGCAUGAUCGAGCAUCCAGUCUCAGGUCUGAAUCUGUUGUAUCAUUUGAUACAACUAUUGGGGUUAUUGGAAACUGUUCCACCAUCAGGACAAACCUUUGUUUGGUUGUUUGAUUUUUGGAGCGAUGGCGUUUCGGCAAGCAUGCCUUGAAAGGCAUUACUUGAAUGCAUUCUUGAAAAUGCCCAUUGACACGGGCAACAUUGUCCACCCUACUUAUUGCAUAGGCAACACAACUGGCUCAUCAUCCAUCGAGUCUAUAUCAUACACUCAUAGAAUAAUCUUAAUACUUGACAUGAUAUCAAA